AUGCGACUGCAUCGUGAAAUAAGGGAUGCAGUCACUCCCAGGCUCUCUCAGAGCCCGCACUCGCGCCCCCUCCCUCGUCCUCGCCGCCCGCCCGCAUCGCCCCGCCCUCUCCUCUCCCUCUCCCUCCCUCGGUCCUCGUUGCCCCGCCCGCAUCGCCACCGCCCCGCCCCGCCCCGCGCCGCGCCGCCAUCUCCUUCGCCUACCAGGCCGCCGCCGCCCCGCCGUCUCCUCGACCCAGCCGACCACCCCGGCGCGGCCACCGUUGACGGCGAGGAGGAGGAGCACGGCGGGAAGGAGGAGGACAGCCAGGGGAGGAAGGACGGCAUCAACGUCUCGUCUCCGUCUAGGAUGUAUGUGAAUCGGAAAUGCCAACUGACCCUAUUGUCGAGAGGUUAAAUUUAGUUGAAG